CCGUUCGUCCUCCACGGACUAGGGGCCAGAUUGGUCGUCGCGAGCACGGCGUAGAAAGGGCAAACGAGUUUCUGGGCGUUCUCAGUAACGCGCACGGGAACUACACCUUGGCGGACCCGGACUUCGUGGACAUGAUCGACCUGGGGCGCGAGGGGAGGGCGUACACGGGGGUCGGGUUUUCGAGGGUCCAGGCGGGCAAUCUCUGCGGCAACCCCGAGGCGAAGGCGGUCACGGCGCUCGUCUUUGGGGUAUUCGCCGUCCUCUUGCUGGUGGGGACCAUUUCCGUCGUCGUGGUGGCCCGCUGGCGCCGUCGAAACCGGGGUGGUGGUCUCGAGACGGUAGAUGGGAGCCGCCUUGGCUUCAAUCGUUGGGCGCUCUACCUUUGGGGAGCUGCAUUGGGCGUUCUACCCGUGGUGGACGUUGUCACCGACCUCCUGGUGCUGAGCGAGGUUUGGGGGGCGUGGCCAAUGUGGGUGGUGUUGGCGUCGGUCUGUGCGCCGUUCGUUUGGGGGUCUUACGCGGUGGCUAAGGCUUGGUCGUCGACCGUGAGUCCAGUGCGCGGGUUGAAGGGUUUGCGGGCGAGAUGGCUGUGGCCCCUGCCAACUCUGGACGAUUGGCAGCCGAGGACCUCGGACGGGUGGUCCCCGCGCGCCGAGGUUUGGGCGAUCCUACUGCUGCCCCUGGGCCUCUUGGGCGUGCUCGUCCAGGACCUGCUGUCCGUGGCGGAGAGGUUCGGGCUUCAUCUGGCGACCGGGGACCAGAUUGUCGUGUUCGAGCACUAUCACGAGUCCCGGGUGUUGGUCGAGCUGCUUCUAGAGUCGCUGCCCCAGGCGCUGUUCCAGACCGGACUGUACAUAGUAGGGAGCUCGAGGGCGACCCGCAUCUACAUCGACCAGCGCAUUUUCGUGCAGUCCAUCGUGGUAUCGUUGUGUAGUCUGUCGGUGCAGUACUGCACUAUGCUCUGGGAGGCGGUGUACGAGGGCAGGUCGCUGGUCAAGGUGUUCCGGGACCGUUUCGAGAGCGCGGGGCAGCCGAGUCUCGUGACGGUAUCCACCGCGGCGAGCGAGGAUGAAGAAGUGGAGGGGUUGAGUCAAAAGGUGGCCAGUUGA